AUGGGGCCAACUACGCAGAACAGCACACAGAAGCGCCGCGCUAAGGAGGCCGCCUGUCCUCACGUGGCGACAGCCGAGAAGGAGCACAUUCUCCAGGCGCGGCGCGAGAAGAACAGGGAAGCACAGCAUGUCUUCCGCAAGCGACGGCAGGCGGCCGAAGUGGCCAUGGGUCGACGCUUCAAGCGUCUCGAGGAUGUGGUGGAGGAGAUGAGCUGCAUCCUGAUCGGUCUCUUUGACGACAUUCUCGCGAAAGAGGCGAUCGUGACGCAGCAUCCUUCCAUCAUCACCAGCUUAAAGCAGUCUGUGGGGCGUGUCUUGGCGCUGACCAAGGAGGUGGCUGCCAUGGACGACGACCCCCUGGCGCUGGUGGACGAUGCGAAAGGGAACACUUCGGAACAUGCACCAGACGCAAAGGCUGUCGUUGCGAAUGCAGCCAUCACGCUCGAAAGCCAAGCGAGCCCGCCUGCGCCUGUCGCUCCUCACUCGCUGACUGAUAAUUCUGCAGCUGGUAUGCAGAGCGCGAUGCCCUGUCCGGCCAACUCAUCUCUCAGCCUCUAUUCGCCCACAGCGCCCAUCAGCGCGGGCUACAUGCCCACCGAUCAGUUCAUGGCAUCUUUACCAAACUCACUCUCGCUAGACGACGCGCUGGGGGACAGUGGCUGGGCCACUUUUCUGCCAAAGCAACCUGGGGAUACGCUCCAUCCCACACAAGAGACCCUCCAACUGGCAUACUCCUUCCCCAUUCGACUCAUUGAGAUAUCCCUCACGCACGGAUAUGCUCUGAUUACAACGGCGCCACUGGCCAGCAUCCAGCGUGAAUUCGGCAGGACCCUUCGCUACUGUCGACGCGAAGAAAUCAUUGCCUACUUACAAUGGGCCCUUGGACCAGGAAGGGAGUACAUGUUCCAGACCUUCAAGUAUGGGCUCAUAGAAGCCGACGCGGAUGAGUUUCCGGUGUGUUACUCGGGCCCUCCAAAAUCCUCACCGCCGCAGGACGAACAGGAAAUGGAUCCCGAUUUCAUCACGGCCGCCGGGGUGUACAAACUACUCCAGGGUCUAGGGGCUAUCAUGUUGGACGCAGAUACGGUGGAGAUUCAAAUUAGGAGACCGGCCAUGUCUGCUUCUGGCGGAACAUUAGGCCAUGUAGGCUCGCUCUCGCUCUACCCAUACGGCUUUGAGACGCCCACUACGAGAAUGAGGCUGCAUGUGCCGCAGUUGAUGACGCAGUUGAUGCACAUUGCGGUUUGUUCCGAGUCAGGCCCAAGAUACCCGCAGCGAGACGUGUGGGGGAUAGUGGAGGCUUUGGCGAGACUGGCCUGA